GGAGUAGACAUACUUGUUUCAUCCAAACUGAAGCAUACUCAAACAAGACUGUCGACUAACAUUCUGCGAGAUGUUGGCCAAAUUUUUGUCUCAUUUAAAAUAGUGAUAUACUUCUGCUGGUGCGUACUGGUUGGUCUUGGUACGGCGCUGAUUUGGAACUUUUUGUUCUGGCAUCUGGAGGAUCUGGCCAGUCUGCAGGAAGGAUGCGGCCAUGCGACUUGGAUCAAAACUCUCGAAGGAAUCGUCAUGUCGAUUCAGUGUUUCGGUGGAGAAUUACCGUUCUUCUUCCUAUCCGGGUGGAUUCUCAAAAAGAUUGGGCACAUUCACGCCAUGAGUUUGGUUCUGCUAGGGUUUGGAGUGCGGUUUUUGCUGUACUCUUUACUGGUCGAUCCAUGGUGGGUCAUUCCAAUCGAAUUCAUGAAUGGAAUUACUUUUGGAUUGUUUUACGCCACAAUGGCAUCAUAUGCUAGCAUUGUUGCUCCUCCAGGCACGGAAGCUACCAUGCAGGGUUUGGUCGGCGCCGUUUUCGAAGGAGUAGGAGUUUCAUUGGGCAGUUUGCUAGCCGGAAAUUUGUUCUUCAAAGUUGGCGGCAGUGCGACGUUCCGAUGGUUUGGAAUUGGCGCAUUGGUUCUAUUCUUUGUACACGUCAUCAUUCAGUUUGUGAUGGAAAAACUAGGAUCCAGGGAUACUAAUAUAGCAUACACUACGCCGGAGAACGCUAUGCACCAGCUGGAAGACGAUCAGCCAAUUGUACCACAAUUGGACAAAUAGGCACAGAAGACACUUAAUUAAAACUCGUCGCAAUAAGUAGUUCCAUAGAUGAUUUUAUUGAUAUGAAAAAGCACAUGUCUUAAAUAUAUGUGUAAACUGUUACUACAAUCAACCGUGAUUAAAAUAUUACAUUUGUCCUAAGGAUAUCUGUUUUCGUUGAAUGACAAAGGCCUAAAGGCUUUUAAAUAGUGUACUAUUAUACUUAUUUUCUUGAUAAUUUUAUUGUUUAGAUAGGUGAAUGCUUGUAAGUUAUGUUUUCUUUCAACAAUGGCCAAAAGCCUCAACUGGUA